AUGGUAGCCACAGGCUCAGGAGUAAAAGUCCCUCGAAAUUUCCGACUGUUGGAAGAGCUGGAAGAAGGCCAGAAAGGAGUAGGCUACAGCACAGUUAGCUGGGAUCUGGAGGACAAUGAGGACAUGACACUUACAAGAUGGACAGGCAUGAUAAUUGGGCCUCCAUUGGUGGAUCUGAGUGCCAUAGCAGUGCUGGCAAAGUGGCAGAACUCCCACAGCACCAAAGUCAUCCUGCAGGAACUGCGGCGCCUGAUGAUGUCAAAAGAGAACAUGAAGCUGCCACAGCCACCAGAAGGACAGUGUUACAGCAAUUAGUCACCAAGGCCCUGGCCUC